UGAGUGUAGCGGUUCGUCACUCACAGUUUCGACUUAUCCGCCGUAUGUGAUAGUUAACGUUUAUGGACUUUAAUAAAAUCAGAACGCAAACACACAUACAAGCCUGAUACAGAAAUAAAGUAACUUAGCGCUAAAAAUGUGGUUUCUUUUCUUUGUAAUUUCUUUCUAUUUUUAAAUGUCAGUUGAAGUGCUUUAAAUAAAUUAUUAUUAAUGACUACGUUAAUAUGUAAAACAUGCGUGAAAGGUGACAAAGAACCGUUGAGUGAACUUAUUACUUAUAUAGUGUCAAAGAUGUGAAAAUUUAUUAUAAGAUCUACAAAAGCAGAAUCUACGAUGCAACAAGAAAAAGUUUCUGAAAUGCAAACAAAGACAGGUGCCAUAAAGCUCAAAUAAUAUUGCCGAGACUUACUCAUAGUUUACAAUCGCGAGACAAUAGUCAGUAUAAUCAAAAUGAGCGUGAAAUUAGUUUCCCUCAUACUUAUACUUACUGUAGUGUUGCUGGAAGCAAAAGUACAUGUUUGGAAAGACUUAGCGAUCUCUCAGAAAGCAAUAAUCAACUAUCUAUUUCCUAAGGAUCCUUACGUAAUAAGAGUGAGAAAACCAGAGGACGUUAAAAUAGGGCGCAAUGCAACUAUAUUAGAUUUUAUCGGUUUGGUAGAGAAACACGGUUAUUCCGCCGAGGAGCAUUAUGUUACAACGGAAGACGGUUAUGACUUGGUGAUACACAGAAUAUCAGGAAGUCCUUUAUCUAACAGUCAACAAAGAAGAAAAGUCGUAUUCCUUCAACAUGGUAUCUUAUGCACAUCUGAUUGCUGGGUGUUGAUUGGUCCUGGCAAAGACCUUGCAUUUUUGCUAGCUGAUCAAGGAUAUGAUGUGUGGGUUGGAAAUGUCAGAGGAAAUUCUUAUUGCAGAUCACAUAGAAAAAUGUCUACACGAGAUAAGAACUUUUGGCAAUUUAGCCAACAUGAGAUGGGAACAAGAGAUUUACCAGUUAUGAUCGAUUAUGUACUUAAUUACACAAAACAAGAAACUCUACACUAUAUCGGUCACUCGAUGGGAACUACCCUAUUAUUAAUUUUACUGUCAGUAAAACCUGAAUACAAUGCAAAAAUAAAAUUAGGUGUCCUUCUCUCUCCGGUCGCUUUCUUGAAGGAUCUAUCUCCUGUACUAGAAAGCGUUUAUUAUUCAGCUCCGAAGAUUAAGGAAUUUUUUGAUAUGAAUGAAAUAUAUGAAGUGGGUGCCUUAACAUCGAGGAGUAUUACGAUGGGAAGAACACUGUGUAAAGAUACGGCAAUUACUCAACCUAUCUGCGUUACAAUAUUAUUUUUAAUAGUUGGAGCCGAUGCACCACAACUUAACACUACGAUACUACCGGAUAUAUUAACAUAUUAUCCGGGCGGUGCUUCCGUGCAAAAUUUGCAUCACUUAUACCAAAGUAUCACCACACAGAAAUUUCAAGCCUAUGACUAUGGAUAUGCGGGCAAUUAUAAACAUUAUAGACAAAUGACACCCCUAAAGUACGAUCUUAAAAAAGUUACUGCCCCGUUAGCUUUAUAUUAUGGCGCUAACGAUCAACUUGUUUUAAAAACGAAUAUCCUCGAAACUUAUAAGCAUCUGCCAAACGUUAUCCUGCUGGAAGAAGUUCCAUAUAAAUUGUUUACUCAUAUUGAUUUUAUGUGGGCCAUCGAGGCAAAACUUAUAAUAUACGACCGCGUAAUAGAAUUACUUCAGGAGUUUGAUAGGCAGUCAGAAACACUUGAUGAUGUAACUAAUAGUUAAUUGUUUAGUAUAGAAAUUUUUUUAACUUUUGAAUUAUAGAAAAUAUCUAUUAUAAUAGAAAAA